AUGAAAAAGCUAAAAUCCACUCGAACUUGUUUAAGAAAUCUUCAAGUAAAUUCAAAAAUAACAAAAAAUAAUCCUCCACCUGAAAGAAUUCGAAAUUUAUUAAAAAAUGAAAAAGAUUAUUUAUCACAAUUACCUAUUGACAUUUUACCAGAAAUUUCACCAAAUACUAAUCAAUUAUUUACUUCUCUUGAUCUUCCAUCAACAAAUGAUGCUCGUCUUUCGCUUCAUCAUAUAAUAAAUAAAUAUUCUUCUCCUGAUCUUGAGGGUGUGGGUAUUGGUGUCAGUGUAUAG